UCUCUCAGUCCACAUCAGCUAAAGUCAGAAAUCACAAUUGCGUCUUGGAGUUGCUGGCGACUUCAAAAAGCAAAAAAUACUAUUACGGGAAGCAGGGCUUCAGCAAGCAAAUUGAUUUGGAAAAAUCACUCGUUACAACUCAAUUGGAGAGGAUAUUCAAAAUGCCAAACGGUAAACUAUUUUUGGAAAAGUGCAACUCGUCUAGGAUUUUAUGCGAAACAAAGAAACUGGAUGCAAAACCCUUUGUUCAGGAAAUUGAGAUGUUAUCAGAAGAGGAGAGAUCUUUAGUACGAAUUGGGAAAGUCUUGGGAAGCGGAGGCUUUGGAUGUGUGUAUGAGGGGCAUUACAGGGGAAAACAAGUCGCUAUUAAAAAAUUUCAUGUGAAUUCCAAAAGUCGUCGAGCAAUGCUGCAGAGCUUUGAAGCUGAAACAUCAAUCAUGUCUUUUUGCCAUCCAAAUAUUAUAAGAACUUUAGGUGCUUUUGGAAAAGAACUUCAGCUGGGAUGUCGCAUCAUCGUUAUGGAAUUUGCUGGCAACAAGACAUUGCGAAAUAUCAUUGUCAAUGAUAAAGAUGCCAUUAACGAAGAACGUAGAUUAAAGUUUGGCUUUCAAAUAGGAAGUGCUUUGGAAUUUCUCCACAACAGGGAAAUUGCUCAUUUGGAUGUCAAACCAGCAAAUAUAUUAGUUGAUAAACACGACGUGUGUAAACUAGGUGAUUUUGGCUGCAGUCAAAUUAUCGGAGAAGGAGAUGACGAUUUACCUGCUAGUCCAACCUGUUCAUAUUUAACAGGGACUUUUGCAUAUCGUGCACCUGAACUCCUCAAGGGAGAAGCACCCACUACACAAGCUGAUAUGUAUUCUAUGGGAAUAUGUCUUUGGCAACUAUUAACGAGAGAACAGCCAUACGGUUCAGAGAAUCUGUACGUCGUGGUGUUCGGUGUUGUGGCGUACAAUUUACGACCACCUGUGCCACAAGCGGACAACCAGUGCUUACAGGAAUAUGAUGCUUUAGUAGAGCGAUUGUGGCAGGCUGAUCCAACGCUUAGACCUAAUGCUACAGAGACAAUGGAAAUAUUAAGGAUGUUACAGCUAUAAAGCUUCAUAAACUGUAGGUUUUAUAUGGCUCUUUUAUGAGAAACAAAUCAUUUUGUUUUGCUGAAAUACAAAAGUAAAAAGAAAACAAAUAGACCGUUACUGAGUUUGCUUGAGUGACCACAAAUUAAACAAUGGUUCUAGGUUCGAGUCGAGGCUUGACUUGAUAAAUACAGUAAGUGUUAUAUGCAUGAGCACAUCAAGUCCACCAUCAGUCAGGCCAAUUUUGAAAUGGGUUAUUAGUGAUCUAUUUUGCUUUUCAGGUUUUCCUUUAGAAGGUAUAGUGUUAUAGCUGUAUAUGUACUCCCAACAGACCGCAAUUUACCAAAAUAGAUCAUGAAUUACGAAGCUUACGAUUUAAAAGUCUUGAAAGCGGGGAAAUAUAUAUUUUUAAAAAACCAUUUUUAAAUCAAGAUAAAUCUUUAAAAAGUUUCUCCAGCAAUCAGUAUUUUUAAACAUUUAAAACAAUAAUGACGAUGAUUUUGAUGGUAGUAAAUGAUGAUGAUGAUGAUGAUAAUGAUGAUGAUGAUGAUGAUGAUGGUGAUGAAUAGCUCCCCACUCCUAUACAACAUAGACUGAUAAAGUUUAGCAUCUAUAAUAAUGAUAACUUUUGGUUCUCAAAGAUAUUAUGAAGGAUUUUCUUAAUAAACACCUUUCAUUCGUUGUA